GGCGGCGCCCCUGAGGCUCCCAGGGUUUGCUGCGCUGGGGAAGCGCCCAUUACGCAGAGCGCGCGUAGGCAGCGCUGACUUUCCCGCUUCCCAGCUGCCCGGGCCCGGGGCGCUCAGCAGACGUGGUUGUGCUCUUCCCGCCUUGCUUUUCUUUUCUUGGUUUUAGUCCCUGGUUUGCAAGCAAUUCCUCGUUCCCGGUAAGCGGGAAAUGCGGACUGCGUUACCCAUGUUUGAAACUGGGUUUACACGUUUGGAAAGCAAGAAGGCGUUACUCUGCUGGAACAGUUUGACGUUGCAUGUAAGGGGUUUUAUACCCUACGGUUCCACAAGCUACCACCGAAUCUGGUAUGUAGAAGAGAGGGACAAAGAAACGCGGAGGCUCAGGAAGGUUGGUUGCCCACCUCUUCUUUCCACCACAGAAUUCUGCCUCUAGAAAAGCAAGGGGAAGAGUAGCCACGCAAAGGAUCUAGGUUAACGUGGGGUUUCUGCCCAGACCGGCUGCACCAUGUCGAAGGUUUCCUUUAAGAUCACACUGACGUCGGACCUGCAGCUGCCGUACAAAGUACUCAGUGUUCCUGAAAGUACACCUUUUACAGCAGUCUUAAAGUUUGCAGCAGAAGAAUUUAAAGUUCCUGCAGCAACAGGUGCAAUUAUUACCAAUGAUGGAAUAGGAGUAAAUCUUGCACAGACCGCUGGAAAUGGUUUUCUAAAGCACGGUUCAGAACUGGGAAUAAUUCCUAGAGGUUGUGUCGGAAGUUGUUAAUAUCUGCUGCUUGGAACAUAAAAUCCCCUUCCAGAAUAAAUAUUGGUAUUGUUAUUGUUGUAAAAUUGGAGCCAGGCAUUUGAAAUCCUAUGAAGACACCAGUAGUUGGUGAAGUAAUGAAAGGUGACUCUCUGUCCCUUGUUGUUAUUCACACUCUUCAUGUGAAGAGGGGACGCUUCUCUGUUGAGGGUGUUAUCACCAGGGAAGAUCACAUUACUACCUCACAGCACACACAGGUAGUUCAUUGGGGGUAAAUGGAUUAUCCACCCGUGUCUUAUAACUGGAGGAUGCUU